CAGGUUUGUAUGCUGUGAGUUCGUGAGUUCAGGUCCGAUUAUUAAUAUUAUAUUUCAAUAGCGUCGCACCAACUGCAUCCUGGCUUACAGGCAGGAUCAAGGCACACGUGGUUCUUGUGCAACUCGUUCUCAAUGGUCAGCUCACUAUAACAGCUCCGUAACAGUGUACAGUAUUUGUAACGGUACAAGUGGUGUGGCAUUGCCCCAGCAGAUGGUGGUUCACUUCUCCCGUCCUUUCAUAAUAUCUUUUCCGCCCAAGCGAUACAAUCGCCAGCAGAUGCACAAAUCGUUUGCUAUCUUUUGCUAACAGCACCCUCAUCAUCUUUAUUAGACUAGUAGCAGUUGACGACCAUGAACUCCCUCGUUACUGUUACCCCCAGCAGCAUUGUCCGCCGCAACAACGAUGCCGUGGUGUCCUUUCAAGGAGGCAAGUAUCAAGAUUCGCUGGCCCUCUUUCAGGAGGCUCUCGGCAAUGUGCGAGCCAAGCUGGCCGUUGCAGAUCAUCAAGCGGCCGCGGACACGAGAAGGCCGAAGGAUACUGUGUUGUUGAUCCAAGGCGUGCCACUGGAUGAGUCGAUUCGUUCCAGUGCUCGCAUACAAGUGGACAAUAGCAGCGGCAUGACAUUCUUUGAUCGGUGCUUUCUCAUUGCCAACCCUCUUACGACUGCCGACAAUGAUACUACUAGUGCUAGUGCUAGCGCUAGUAGUGAAGCCCAUAUCAACUCGCUGCUCGACGACAAUGAGUGCAAGGUAUGCUCUGUCCUCCUCUACAACAUUGGUGCCACUCAUCACCUGGCUGGACUCGCCACUGGCUCCCAGCAAGAACUAGACAAGGCGUUCAAGGUCUACCAAAUGGCCCUCGAGUUCCUUCAGAUUGAGUACGAAAACCAGCAGCAAGAGCAGAUGGACAAUGUCUUGCUCAUCCUGUCCAUGGCCAUUAUGAACAACAUUGCUCACAUUCAGAGCACUUGGUUCCAGUAUCCACAAGCCCGCCACUGUACUCAAUGGCUGCGAGAGGCUGCCGAACACAUGGAUACCGCUCUUCUACGAGACCCCGAUUUCAUGUUCUUCUUCCUCCGAUACUACGUGCUUCCUUUCAAUGAUGUCUCCUCCUGCUCUGCAGCUGCCUAACUAAUCAUGUGUGUUGUUGAAGAAGAAAGAUAGGGACAGUUGUUUUUGAAAGCGGAUGGGCGUGCCAACAAUCAAGUGCGAGCACAAUCGGCCGCAGCCAGUUUUGCGUAAUGUAUCAUAAUAAUAAUUAAAAGAGUUAAACAAAACGAAAAAUCGUUCACA